CGGAAGCAAUACUUCACAACAAAAAAAUUGCCGCGAACGGUGUUGUGUCAGAGCAGCUGCCGUCGUCGCGAAGGAAAGUUUUGUGAAAAAGUGUUGGAAGCUGUAUUUAAGGUCGCAUUAAAGUGAAGUGCCGUGUCUCUCCGAGCCGCCAUGGAUGAAUACGAGGAGCUGCUCGGCAUGGAGGACGACUUCGAGCAGCAGUUCGCCGACGAGCUGGAGGUGAUGGCUCAGAUGGACGACGAUUUUCGGAAGCGGGGUCCUCAGCGCCCACAAGAAGACAUUUCAGACAUAGAGCACCUGCUGGGUGACCAGCCCGUCACCCCGAAGGCAAAGCGCCAGAAACAGGAUGCUGGUGUGGUCAAGCGACUUUUUGACCCAUCGCAGACUCAGGAGGUCACAGCCCCGUCGCAGAGUGAUGACAUCACACCCCCGUCUUCCCCAGAGCAGUACGAACCCUCUCGGCCCUUCAGGUCGACCCAGGCAGUGCUGGACAUCAGUGGCUUUGCUGCUAUUCCAGAGUCACCCUGGCGACCUGCCCCGGCAACAGCAUCACUGCAGGUGCUAAAGCGCCCCCCUUUGGAGGGAGACUACAUCUCUGUGACAGACUCAUCAGGAAGUCGAGUGUAUCUCCGCCAAAAAGAAGACACAGGGCCAAAGGUAGUGGACCCAAGAACGGUGCGUAACUCCCAAGGUGGGCUGGGGCUGCUGGCCGUACCAGUCGAAGUGCUGAGAGAACAAGAGGCGGAGAAGCGCCAUCAGCAGGUUAUGGAGGAAUCUCAGCGCCUGACAGAGCUGUUGGCUAACGGUGUGGAUGAGGUGUUGGUUGAGCCGGACAGCCGGGAAGGGGAAGCUAACAAUAACGAUGAAGAGGAGGAGGGCCACAGAUCUCGGCUCUGGGUGGACAGAUAUUCUCCUCAGCACUACACUGAACUUCUCAGUGAUGAUUUUACCAACCGCUGUCUGCUGAAGUGGCUGAAGCUGUGGGACACUGUUGUGUUUGGGAGAGAGAGGAAGUCCCGCCCACCCCAGCCUGACAGACAGGCUGCUAACCAGAACUCAUCCAAACCUAAUCAAGCCAAUCAGAAUGCAAAUCGCUUCAAGAGCAAGAGUCAGCUGACUGAGGAGCUGCUGGAGGCUGAACUCGACCAGUAUAAACGACCCAAAUUCAAGGUGGCUUUGUUGUCAGGUCCUCCAGGUUUGGGCAAGACCACCCUGGCCCAUGUCAUAGCAAAGCAUGCUGGGUACAAUGUGGUGGAAAUCAAUGCCAGUGACGACCGCAGCGCCGAGGUGUUCCAGAAGCGCAUCGACACGGCAACCCAGAUGAAGUCGGUUUUAGCAGCCGAUCAGAGGCCCAACUGCCUCAUCAUUGACGAAAUCGACGGAGCUCCUGUGGCUGCCAUCAAUAUUCUGUUAGCAACUCUUAACAGGAAGGACGGACAGGGUGGAGAGGCAGGCACAGAAGCCAUGAAGAAAAAAAAGAAGAAGGAGUCCAUCCUGCUUCGGCCAAUCAUAUGCAUCUGUAACGACCUUUAUGUUCCAGCCCUCAGACCUCUGAGGCAGCAGGCCUUCCUGUUGGCUUUCCCCCAGACACAGCCCUCCCGCCUGGCACAGAGACUGGCAGAGAUCUCCCGGCGGCAGGGGAUGAAGGCAGACACGGGCACUCUGAUGGCGCUGUGUGAGAAGACCGACAACGACAUCCGGUCCUGCAUCAACACUCUACAGUUCCUUCAUGGUCGAGGCCAGCGGCAGGUGGAUGCGAAGAUGGUCCAGAGUGUGUCUGUGGGGCAGAAGGACCAGAACAAAGGCCUGUUCCACUUAUGGCAAGAAAUCUUCCAGUUGCCACGUAUGAAGCGGAAGCGUGUGGGUGAGGGGUUUGAAGAAGGAGCUGGGGCAGGAGGUGGAGCUCAGAGGUUUCAGAACAUCCUACACCUGGCUUCAUCCAGCGGAGAUUACGAAAAAGUUGCACAGGGUCUGUAUGAUAACUUUCUGUCCAUGCGGGUGAGGGACCCCAACCUGCACAGUGUGUGUGAGGCGCUGGACUGGCUGUCGUUCUCAGACAAGUUGAACCAAGUCAUGCUGCACGGGCAGAACUUUUCCCUGCUGCGAUACUCCCCCUUCCUGUCCGUCACAUUCCACUUCCUUUUCGCUCACACACACGUCCCCCGCAUCAACUACCCCCACAGCCAGCAUGAGGCCUCUUCACGUCUUCACAGCAGCAAGAACGCUUUGUCCACCAUGUUGGCUGACAUCCCAGCAUGCGUCAGAAGUCGGCUCAGUGAGCUCAGCCUGACCGUUGAUAUUCUCACGCUGCUCCUCGACAUCAUCUGUCCCAAACUGCGACCCGUGAACCCUCAGCUCUUCAGCAGCAGGGAGAAGCAGCAGAUGCGUGAGCUGAUCGACACCAUGCUCGCCUACAACCUCUCGUACAGGCAGGACCGCACGCCCGAGGGACAGUACACAUACGUAUUGGAGCCGCGUGUAGAGGAGGUGGUUAGGUUCCCGGGCCUGCCCCCCCGCCGCCAGCUGACAUACCAAGCCAAGCAAACCAUCAGCAGAGAGAUGGAGCAGGAGAAAAUGAGGAGAGCCGAGCAAUUGAUGCUGCUGCGAAACCCUGCCAAGGAGGAACCAAAGCAGAGUGCUCAACCCAAACCAGCUGGGAACCAUCUAAACCAUCAGCAGAGGCUGGAGAACAUCGUCAGGCAGACCACCGUGGAGACCAGGCCAGAGGUGGAUUUCUUUGGUCGUGCUGUUGCCCCCAAACCCCAGAGACCGCAGCCAACCUCAGACUCAGGUGAGAAGAGUACGGAGCUGGCCAUGGGAAAGGCAGUCGGCAACAGUGAUGUGUGGUUCCGGUUCAACGAGGGCAUGUCCAAUGCUGUCAGGCGAAAUGUCUACAUCAGAGAACUGCUUUAACCCCCAAACACACACACACACACACACACACACACACACCAAAAACUCAUUCUCAAAUCGAUUGUGUUCCUUCUGUGUAUGUUUGACUGGUCAGGUGUGUUUUAUGUAAUCAUCACAGUCCAUCCAUAAUCCAUCUCAUAAAUUCAAAACAGUCUUUAUUUUGAUUGACAGUGUAAAGAGCCAAUAAAAACGUUUUGUUUGAUAA